GUAUCAUCGUGCUGUGAUCAGUGUGCUGUCACUUCUAAAUACUUCUCGGAAUACGCUAUGUGUUAUAUUUACUGGUACUGCAUCCGCUGCGAUUUGUCAGUAUCGUGAGAAAUGCGGUUGAUUGCACAUUUAUAUUGUGUUUUUGGAUACUUAUCUUUUUGCACCUCAGCGCAGUCAUCCAUUUCUGUCCCGCUUCCCAGUUCUUCCAUUGUCGGCCGUGAUAUCAGCGCUGAUAACAGCACGCAGGGAACGUACACCUCCUCCUAUCCCGUUGGCGUCACACCGACGCCGGAUCCCAGUAAUCGCAAUAUUACCUUGUGCCUACUGAUUGAACGCUCCCACGGAGAUAAGUCGGCCAUCUACGAUUAUGAUCGGGUAGCAGCCGCCAUUCAAUUGGCUGUCGAUCAUGUUAAUCAGCAUAUCUUAUCCGGCGGAUACCAGCUGCAGACCUUCUACAAAGAUAUUGGGAAGAACUGUGAUAAGAAAAACGAUAUUGUUAAAUAUGCCCUGCAAAUACUGUCCGCCGGGAUCAACUGCAAUGCCUUCCUUGGUCCAGGUUGUGGAUACAGUGCGGACAGUCUGUACAACCUGGUGGAAUUUAUGCGGAUCCCCAUGAUGGGUUGUCCGGCUGCCGGCUUUGCAGCGGAAUCCGAUCGAGAGCAGUACAUAAUGGCCACGCGAAUGAGUUUCACGCAUAAAAACACCAUCAACGUGAUCUUCCGAUUCUUAAAACAUCAUGCCUAUAAACAUGUGUUUGUCGUCCAAGAUGAGUCUGACAGCUUUUUUGAAGAGCUUACCGCGGUAUUUAACCGUGAGAUCCGUAAGCGCACCGAUGUCAUACGCACCGUCACCGCGUAUCCCUUUCGCAGCCGGGAUGCAACAAUUGAACAGUAUGAGCGUAUGCUGUCAACGGGUAAUCAGUCGUCCAGAGUGUUUGUUGUACUAUCAAAUGCCACCGUUCUCCGAACACUGAUGAUUACUGCUCAAAGAUUAGGCAUGACCAAUGGACAAUACGUUUAUAUUGCUAUCGAACUAUUUGACAGUCCAAGCUGGGGGAAGUUUACGUGGAGUUUUGGAGAUGAGAGUGACAGGUUAAGAAACUUAUUACGAUGGGAAGCCAAACAAGCCUACGAAUCCGUACUGUUAGUCGCGCUCCACCAAGUCCGAAACGAUUAUUACGAAACCUUUUCCACGAAUGUUAAACGCCUCGCCAGGAAGACUCUGAACUACACUUUCGGGGCUUUUGAAGAAAUUGACCCUGUCGUGACGAGUUUCUACGAUGCGACGCUGUUAUACAGUAUAAUAAUGAAUAAAAUCAUUACAUCCGGCGGCAAUAUUUACGAUGGUGUGAAAGUAUCGGGCAUGAUGCGCAACUUUAUCUUCUCCAGUCCUAUUAGCGGAGACGUGUGGAUUGAUGCCGUGGGCGAUCGGCAAUCGGAUUACGUCGUCAAAAGUUUUAAUCCCGCUACCGGAAGAUUUGAGAAUUUUUGCACAUAUACGGCCAUAAGCGACUCGAUGGUGGCCACAGGACCAUUAUACUGGCCAACGAAAGUACUGCCGCCCGAUGUUCCCCGAUGUGGCUUUCAAGGAGAGUUCGCAAUUUGUCACCCGCAAGGCAGAGAUAAAAAUCCAAUGCGGCCCUUUUCUCUCCAAUGACAUCCUGAAAAAAAUCGUUUGAGAAUCAUGGGUGUUUAUGUCUUUUUUUUACUCUAUGUUUGUUUCUUCAUUUAUCUUAACGUCUACAACGAUCAGGAUCCUGCAUUAAGUGCUGUUGUGCUAUAUCAGUUUUUAUCAUCACAACUUACAAAGAUACAAUCCGGACAAGCUUUUGAAUAAAACUCUGCUGCUGCUUCUGA